AUGGUUGCAAGAACCCCACAAAAGCAGAGGAAAGUGGCGAUAGUGGUGCCUUCUCUCAACUCAGAUCUUCUCAAAGAAACAAUUAACAAGGUUGACAAAUGUAUGGAAAGACUGCAAGAGCUACAGUACACAAUAGCAGGAGGAACCAAAGUUGUCUCCGGUGUGAGUCUUAGCCCAAGGAGCACUAGAACUUACUUGAAGACUAGUCUUAGAUGCAAGCAAGAAACUUUAAGGAUUAAGAAUGCUACUAAUAAGAAAUCUCCAGUAGGAAAGUAUCCAGCUUCCUCACCAGGAGACUGGAGGAAAAUGUCACUCCCAGCAAUGCUACUAGGAGAGACAGUAAACGAAAUCUUACAAGCCUCACAGGUCACAAGAGACAUUGUAGAUGCCCUAGCACCAAAGAAGAGUAGAAAGUCCAGGAGAUCAACAAUGCCAGAAGAAAAGGAAGGUCCUAAAACUCCCGAGACUCUGCGAAAACAUUGGGAAUCGAACCCUGAAACUGUCAGCAGCAAUAUCAAAGCGAGAAGCAAGAGAGAGAAGCAGAACAAACGAACAGAAUCCGAUUCUCCUCCUUCUAUACAAAGGGCUCGUUCAAGAAUCGUGUUCAAGAUUGUCUCUCCACAGAAAUUAGGAGAGAAGGAUCAAGUAAAGGAAAAUGGUGAGAAUAGUUUCCGGCAUUUGGCUAACAGGGUUUCGCCAAAGCACAAACCUUGGGUUAAAAAGGCGGUUCUUUUCCCGAAUCCUCUGUUUAUUUCUGGUACCUCUACACAACAAGCUACGUUCAGUAGAACAAUGUCUCCGGUCAUAGCCAGAAAUGAUCCAACCAGCAGCAAGAACAGUAAAGAGACUCCACACAAGUUCUUGAUCAAAUCUCCUCCCACAUCAGCAUCGAAGUUUCAGGUCAAGAUCAAGAGCCCGCCUAAGAUCUCUGUUUCUCCUACAAGAAAUCGAAGCAGCAUGGCUCGGAAGUCUCCUAUAAGCUCCACUUCUCCAACAAGAAAUGUUACCUUGGGAAAGAAGUCGCCUACAUCGUCGAUAUCUCCUAUUAGAAACUUGAGAAAGAAGUCUCCUAAGCUAUCAACCGCUGCAAAGCUCAGAAGAUCAUUCACUCCUACGAGGAAUGGCAGUAAAUUGGCCAUUUCUCCGAAAAGAGUCACGCUUGAAGCAUUUAUUUCUCCGUCAAGAAACCUUAAUUUGGGUAAGAAAUCACCCAAAGCUUUGAUUUCUCCGACUAGGGUGGGGAAUAAUAAGACACAGAAGCAAUCUACUGCUGCAAAGCUAAGGAGGUCAUUUUCGCCGUCAAGACUAGCAAUGAGGCUGGUGUCUCCAAUGAAGAGCAGGAAAAGUGUUGGAAAGUGUGAUGAUUAUGAAAUGGGGAUGAUGGUAAGUGGGCUGAAACAGCGUCCGGUUAUGGUUCCUAAGAGAUUCUCGAUGGGGAGAAUCUAA